AUGUGGGCCCCGGCCGCUGCGCUGCUGCUGCUGCUGCUCAGUCUCGGACCUGUCCCUGGAGCCCAGGCCGAGCCCAAGGCAGGGCCUGGCGGGUCACCCCAGCUGCGGUGCGGCCUGGGCUCGGGCUUCCAUGUCCCGGGUGGGCUCCUCCCAGCCCUCCGGCCGAGCCACAUCCCAACCAGCUAUGGGAACUUCAGGGUCCCUGGGCCUGGGGACAACAGACCCGACACCACUGGCUGUCUCUUCCAGUCCCCAAUAGGACACCCACCCCACGGAGCCCAGGGCCCCAAGUACACAGCCACCCCACCCAGGGGCACGGGCACCCAGAGCAUCCCUCCAAAGGAAGGAGAAAUUGUGCUGGGAGGAACUGGGGCCCAGAAAGAAGUGGAGGAGGAGGGGCUGGCAGACGCAAGGGCACCCUCUCGCGGGGAGCCCCUGCUCUGCUUCAGACCCCGGGGGAAGAGCUUCACCAGCUCCGCGUCACUGCGCUUCCCCCAUUUCAGAGUGCUUUCCCUGAGCCAGGGCAGGGCGGCCCGGAGUGAAGCCGGGAGUGGGCGCCGGGGUGGGGGGCUGGGGGCGGGGAGCCGAGCCGCCCCCCCUCAGCGCCGCGCCCGUGUUCCCCCAGCCUGCGGGCGCCCGAGGAUGCUGAACCGGAUGGUGGGGGGGCAGGAGGCGGAGGAAGGCGAGUGGCCGUGGCAGGUCAGCAUCCAGCGCGACGGGAGCCACUUCUGCGGGGGCAGCCUCAUCACGGAGCGGUGGGUCCUCACGGCCGCGCACUGCUUCUCCAACACCUCGGAUACAUCCCUGUACCGCGUCCUGCUGGGGGCGCGGCAGCUGGUGAAGCCAGGGCCGCACGCCGUGUACGCCGCAGUGAAGCGGGUGGAGAACAACCCCCUGUACCAGGGCAUGGCCUCCAGUGCCGACGUGGCCCUGGUUGAGCUGGAGGCGCCCGUGACCUUCACUGACCACAUCCUGCCCGUGUGCGUGCCCGACCCCUCGGUCGUCUUUGGGACAGGCAUGAACUGCUCAAUCACCGGCUGGGGCAGCCUCAGUGAGCAAGACCGCUUGCCCAACCCGGGGGUCCUCCAGAAGCUGGCUGUGCCCAUCAUUGCCACCCCGAAGUGCAACCUGCUCUACAGCAAAGACGCCGAGUCCGGCUUCCAGCCCAAGACCAUCAAGAAUGACAUGCUCUGUGCCGGCUUCGCCGAGGGCAAGAAGGACGCCUGCAAGGGCGACUCGGGGGGCCCGCUGGUGUGCCUCGUGGGCGGCUCGUGGCUGCAGGCCGGCGUCAUCAGCUGGGGUGAGGGCUGCGCCCGCCGGAACCGCCCCGGUGUCUACAUCCGCGUCACCUCCCACCACGCCUGGAUCCGCCGCGUUAUCCCCGAGCUGCGCUUCCAGCCGGCGGGGGGCCCGAGGCGAGACCCCCGGCUCCAGCUGCCCCUGGGCCAGAGCUUGGCGCCCAGCCUGGCGGCCCACUCGGUCCUCCUGCUCCUCACGGCCCUGCUCGCGGCCCUCUGAGCCACCCCGAGCCCCCAGGGCCGGGCGUCCUGUUGUAAAUAUCUUGCGAGCCCCUGCACCCCCAGAGCCCAGUUGUUUUUAUUUAUGUUCUUCGUCCAAUAAACCCCCAU